CCAUUAAAUACCGCCGCACAAAAUUAUGUGUAGACUAAAAAUCCUGGAAACGGGCGAAGAGAGAAGGAACGAAGUCGAAGCCAAAAGUCACCCAACCCAUCUCCUCCUACUCUCCAAUUCUCAACCCCUUCGAUCUCCACUCGUUUACUAAGGAAGCUUCUAGAAGGAGAUGGGGAAAGACUCGACGGCGAAGGAGCCAUCAGGAAAGGGCAAGGGGAAGCAGGCUGCCGCCGGGGGCGAAGAGAAUGCUUCGAAGGGUAAAGGGAAGGGCGGCAAGGCGGCCGAUGGUCUCGGCACCUGCACUUAUGUCAAAGCUAGGCAUAUUUUAUGUGAAAAGCAAGGGAAGAUUAAUGAGGCCUACAAGAAGCUGCAAGAUGGUUGGCUAAACAACGGAGACAAAGUUCCUCCUGCUGAGUUUGCCAAAAUAGCAGCAGAAUAUUCAGAAUGCCCAUCAGGAAAGAAAGGGGGUGAUCUUGGGUGGUUUCCCAGAGGGAAAAUGGCUGGCCCUUUUCAGGAUGUUGCUUUUAGCACAGCUGUGGGAGCUACCAGUGCUCCGUUCAAGUCUACGCAUGGCUACCAUAUUAUCCUAAGCGAGGGGCGGAAAAACUGAUUUCUGUUUCGCCUUCCUAAACUCUGUGGACAAUGUGGUGACCUGUCAAGGAAGCACAGGAAUCUAGUAAAAUUCGAAGGACAAGCCUUUGUUCUUUAAGAUCUAAUAAGCAGAGGAAUCUUUGGUGUAACCUUCUAAGGGGAUUUGAACUUGUCUAAGUAUUAUUUGGCGUGGUUUUGCUGUAAAGUGUGUUUGGUGCAAGUAACUUCAUGUAUGUUUGCAUCCUUGCUAUGUAAUUUGAAGGAAUCGAGACUUGUGGCAUUUCAAUCAGAGUUUUUCAUUUGAUAAAA